AUGGACAACAGCGAGCUUCACUAUGCAUAUCAAGAAAUCAGAGGUCGACCUGAUGAACCAGUAGCCAGGCUUACUCCAUUAGGAUGGACUUGUGUGGGAAAAAUUUAUGGUACCAGUGAGAAAUGUGUUCAGACUCAUUAUAACAGAACUUACUUCCUCCAUAGCCAAAGGAGUGAAAAUGAAACGGAUAAAAUUUUGUGUAAAUUCUGGGAGAUGGAAGAUUUCAGUGAGCCAAAGAAGAAACAGUUGUUCAGUCCAGAGGAACGUGCCGUAUACUCGAAAGUGAAGGAGUCGCUUAUGUUUGUAGAGGACCAUAAUCAAGUUCCUAUACCUUGGAAGACAGAUGCACGGAAUCUGCCAAACAAUUAUAACAUGGCACUCCAAAGAUUAGAAAACACAGAAAAACGAUUGAUGAGGAACGAGGAAGUGAGAGAUUCAUACUCAAAGACUAUUGAACAGUACAUUGAAAAAGGAUAUAUUCGCAAAAUUGACCGUGAUGAAGAGAAAUCUUGGACAUGGUAUCUUCCACAUUUUCCUGUUAUUCGACCAGACAAGACCACUACAAAGACCCGCAUUGUCUUUGAUGCUUCAGCUAAGCAUGGUGGUGUUUCACUAAAUGACAUGAUCUACUGUGGCCCUAAGCUUCAGAAUGAACUGUUUGACGUACUACUUAGAUUCAGAAGGAAUAGUGUGGCACUUGUUUGUGACAUUGCAGAAAUGUAUCUUAGAAUUAAGGUUCCUGUGGAAGAUAGAUCCUAUCAGAGAUUUUUGUGGCGUGACAUGAUGUUAGAUGCAAGACCAGAUGUGUAUGAAUUUAGCAGUGUUGUGUUUGGAAUGAAUUCAUCACCGUUUCAAGCACAACCUGUCGCACAGACACAUGCGGAGACAAACAAAGAAAAUUAUCCCAUGGCUGCAGAAACUGUUUUGAAAUCUACAUACAUGGAUGACAGUAUGGAUUCGGUAGCAAGUGACGAAGAUGGUGUCAAACUACACUCAGAGUUGUCAACAUUAUGGGGAAAAGCUGGUAUGUAUGCCAGAAAAUGA